AUGCAGAUGGACGGGAUGCAGACUUUGAACGAGGGAGAAAAGGAAACUAUCGUUCGCCUGAUCGCUACCAGGAGCAAAUUUAAGAGGAAGCAGAUACGGGCUCUGAUGGACGAGAUCUGUCUGGAUUACGAGCGCACGAUGUGCGAUCUCAUGUGGAGGCAAAUGAUCGACCGAAAUCCCGAAAUGUUUAAAUUCAUCUCGUGGACGCCCGGCGUAGAGGCGGAAAGGGUACCGGAGAAAGGAAAGAUCGACACGAGUAUGGAAAAUUUCACGGAAGUGUACGAGGCGAUGGCCUCCGUUGUGGAGGAAUGUAUCCACGUGUCCGAUAUGUGUCUGUUCGCUUCCAAUUUUGGGAAGCUGAUGAAGUUAUCGGAAUUCGUGGAUGUGGAAACUUUAGCCACCGUAACGGUCAUCAAGUAUCUCAAGGAACCGUGGUUGGAGAAAAUAACGCAGUCCGUGAGGCUGUGUUUGAGGGACGUCGGAAAGGGUUGGUUCAAUCUCAAGGAAACGUUCCACGACGUCUACGACGCGAUGAAACUGAAGCGUUUCAUGAACCUGAUCACUCUGCGUAUGCAGUACGCGCUACGAAUGCUCGUGGAGCGUUCGAUCGUGGUGUACAGGAAGAGUCUCGAGAAUCCUGCGCUGUGCACGUUAGACACAGACGAAUCCUUCGUUUGGGGAACGAAUCUCGUCGACAGUCGAUUCAAGUCCGUCUAUAAUCCCAUCUUCAGGGUGGAGAUUCGGAUGAAUGAGAAGGAGGCGAUCUAUUCGACGAAUCCCGACGAAUUCGUAAAAACCAUCGUGUCGUUGUACGACAACGCGCUCGCCAUGUGCCAUCAAGUACGACAAGUGCAUCCUUUCCUACUUCCGGCGCUGAAGUUUCCGUCAGACCUCUUUAUGAGCUCCGUUGGGCUACUCGAGGAUCACGUUUGCCACGUUCGAGACCGUUUGAAGCUAGCUUACCAAAAGUCCGUCAUACCCUUGAAAGCAUAUGCCAGAGAAUACCACAGGUUCUUGGACCUCUUUAAUCUCGAUGUUGCCAACUACGUCGAGGAGUAUAAGAAUGAAGAUGACCUCACAACGGCGGAUAUAAAGGAGGCAAUAGAGGCUCAGAUCGCGAUGAAAAAUAAUCUCGAGGCCAUUUUGCCCAAGUACAUCGCCAUCGGGCCGUUCCAAGUGAUCGUGCAGCCGUUGAGGGAUUUUCUUAUGCAGAAACGUCACGAUUGCAUCACCGGUUUGCUCGCCAUGCUCACGGAAAAGUUACGUACGGAGAUCGAUAGCAUUUUGGACGAGUACAGGGACAUAAGGAUCAAACUGAAGGAAGUGCCGCGUAGCAUCGAGCAUAUAUUCGACAUUCGCGAAUGGAUGGAGACCAUACCGCUUCGCGUGGAAGAACAGGAGGAAAAGAUGAACAGAUUGAAGUUCGAUUUCGACGUUCUGGACACGUUCUGGUGGAACUUGUCGGACGAGGACUUCCAGGCGAAAUGGGAGGCUGUUGGGUCUCCGCUUCAGAUUGAAUUGCAGAUCGAAGAAACUAACGAACAGUUCGUCGAGGAGCAGGAGAAGCUCUAUAAGAUCCAAGUGCAGGACGAGGUUCUGCUGAUCGAGAGGAUAGACACUCUGGUGGGCAACGUACAGAACAUAGCGCUUCAAACAGACAUCAAACGCAUACACGAGACCGCCCUCGACGUGAAACGUGUUUGGAAAGCGAUGAUGGACUGCCGGGAAAAUGGACUGCUGCUCAACCAACGACAGAAGUUGUUCGGAAUGGACGUCGUGCCGUUCGAGCAUUUGCACAAACUCAUAAGGGACUUCGAUCCCUAUAGGAGUUUAUGGGUCACCGCUUCAGACUGGCUCAGAUGGUACGAGGCGUGGGUGGAUAAUCCUCUUAUAUACGUCGACGGCAGUCAAGUGGAGAGUCUCGUUGUCGACAUGUUCCGCGAAAUGACUCGAUCCAUCAGGACGUUCCAGGAACAACCGAAGGUACAAGCGGUAGCCACGCAUAUAAGGGACCAAAUAGACGAGUUUAAACCUUACAUCGGUUUGAUACAAUCCCUUCGGGAGCCAGGAAUGAAGGAUCGCCAUUUCGAAGAAUUGAGCUUGCACACGGGAAUACAAAUGGCCCUCACACCGACGCUAACGUUCAAGAAUCUUCUGGUGCUCGGUAUCCAGGAGUUCGAGGAGGUGGUGAAAACGGUGGCCGACACGGCAGCCAAAGAGUACGCCACGGAGCAUACAUUGAACAAAAUGAUCGCUGAGUGGGCUACGAUCGCGAUGGAGAUACUCCCAUAUAAGAACACGGGCACUUACAUCAUCAAGCUCGCAGAGGAGACGAUGAUGCUCCUGGACAAUCACAUCCUGGCCGUGCAGCAGCUCAGUUUCAGCCCGUUGAAAACCGCCUUCGAGGACGAGAUAAACGAGUGGGAAUACAAGUUGAACCUAACUCAGGACGUCCUUCUUCUCUGGCUAGAAGUUCAGAGAGACUGGAUGUACUUGGAGCCAAUAUUUACUUCGGAGGAUAUCAGCAUACAGUUGCCGGCGGAAGCCAGGAAAUACAAUGCAAUGGAACGGAACUGGAGACGAAUCAUGAAGGCAGCGCACGACAAUCCUUACAUCAUCAAGAUAUGUCCGGACAAAAGUCUUCAGGAGAGCUUGCAGGAGUGCCAGAGUUUGCUGGAGGUGGUGCAGAAGGGUUUGUCGAACUAUUUGGAGAUGAAACGAAAAGUGUUCCCGCGGUUCUACUUCCUCAGCGACGACGAGCUCCUGGAGAUCCUGGCGCAGGCCAAGAACGUCCAAGCGGUGCAGCCCCAUUUGAGGAAGUGUUUCGAGGCGAUCCAAGAGGUGAGAUUUGAGGACGAUUUGCAGAUAACGAGGAUGUACUCGGCAGAGGGCGAAGAGGUGAUAUUCCGACCAUCCAUGUAUCCAUUGAGGAGCGUGGAGUAUUGGAUCGGUGAUUUGGAGAAGGUGAUGCGUAAUACGAUCAGAGAGAUAAUCCAAGAAGCUUUGAGCGUUAUCGAUUCGAUACCGAGGAAAGAAUGGGUCUACAUGUGGCCGGGACAGGUAACUCUUUGUUGCGGUCAAACAUAUUGGACCGCCCACGUUGAAGACGGGAUCCUGAAGAACAAACUUCGAGCUUACUUCGAUGAGCUACUAGACCAGCUCGACGAUCUACGCGAGCUGGUGCGCGGUCCACAAACCGAAAUCCAGAGGCUGAUGCUGGAAGCCGUGAUCACGAUCGAAGUGCACGCUAGGGACGUUCUACACACGUUGGUCGAAGAGAGGGUAUCGAACGUCAACGACUUCGAUUGGAUAUCGCAAUUGCGAUAUUACUGGGUGGACGAUAGCGAGCUCAAAGUGCGCGCGGUAAACGCCGAAUUUCCCUACGGAUACGAGUAUCUGGGGAACACUGGCAGAUUGGUGAUCACGCCACUAACCGAUCGAUGUUAUCUGACCCUAACCGGUGCUCUGCACUUGAAAUUUGGCGGCGCGCCAGCCGGUCCAGCCGGAACCGGAAAGACGGAAACCGUGAAGGACCUCGCGAAAGCGUUCGCGAUCCAGUGCGUAGUUUUCAAUUGUUCGGACCAAUUGGACUUCAUGUCGAUGGGGAAAUUCUUCAAGGGCCUCGCCAGUGCAGGCGCGUGGGCGUGUUUUGAUGAAUUCAACAGGAUCGAUAUCGAGGUUUUAUCGGUGAUAGCUCAGCAAAUCAUGACGAUACAACAAGCUCAACAGUUGCGAGUUGAUACGUUCGUCUUCGAAGGAGACGAAAUCGUCUUGAAGCCAUCUUGCUCGGUUUUCAUCACCAUGAAUCCCGGUUACGCUGGUCGCACCGAAUUACCAGACAAUUUGAAGGCUUUGUUCCGACCUGUCGCCAUGAUGGUACCCGACUAUGCUCUAAUUGCUGAAAUAUCGCUGUUCUCUUAUGGUUUCAGCGACGCGAAAGUUUUGGCUGGCAAAAUAACAACAACGUUCAAAUUAAGUUCGGAACAAUUAAGCACACAGGAUCAUUACGACUUCGGUAUGCGGGCGGUGAAGACGGUCAUAGCCGUCGCGGGUAAUUUAAAAAGGGAACAGAGAGAUCUGAACGAGCAGCAGAUCUGUUUACGAGCGCUACGUGAUGUAAACGUUCCGAAGUUUCUGAAAGACGAUUUAACAUUGUUUAACGGUAUUGUGUCCGACCUAUUUCCGCGACUCGAGGAGAAAAAAGUGGACUACGGGAUCCUGGAAGCGGAGAUACGCGCGACCAUCGUACGAAUGGGUCUGGAGGAAAUCGAUGAGUUCGUGAGAAAAGUUAUCCAGCUGUACGAAACAACGGUGGUGCGACACGGAUUGAUGCUCGUGGGUCCAACUGGGUCGGCGAAGACGAAGUGCUAUCAAGUUUUGAAAGAAGCCUUUACGAAAUUGAGGGGCAAGCUGCAACCUAGCGGCAGACCAUUCACGACGGUGUACACUUACGUGUUGAAUCCGAAAUCGAUCACUAUGGGACAGCUCUACGGUGAAUACGAUCUGAAUACGCGUGAAUGGACCGACGGUAUUUUCUCGACGCUUUUGAGGGCUGGGAUAGCUGUGGACGACGACAAUAGACGCUGGUACGUGUUCGACGGGCCUGUGGACGCUGUGUGGAUCGAAAAUAUGAACACUGUGCUGGACGACAACAAGAAACUCUGUUUAACGUCCGGCGAAAUAAUGAAAAUUCUACCGACGAUGACGAUGAUGUUCGAAGUCGCUGAUCUGAGGGUUGCCUCGCCAGCCACGGUCUCCAGAUGCGGUAUGGUGUACUUGGAACCAGAGGGUCUGGGCCUCGAACCGAUAAUUAAUUGCUGGCUGAAAUCCCUGCCUCGGAACAUGAGCAAUCACGUGGACAGAAUCGACGAAUUGACGGGUCACUAUUUACUUCCGGGCCUGAAGGUUCUACGUAACAGCUUACGAGAGAUCGUCAGCACCGUGGAUUGCGGAAUGGUGCAAUCCUACAUAAAUCUGAUGAACUUUCGUAUCGGCCCAAUGGCUGGUCGCGAAGGAAAACCUCCACCGGCCGCCGCUUUUCAAGAGCUCAUUCCCAACUUGCUUUCGCCGUGGGCUGCUUUCGCGACAGUUUGGAGCGUGGGAGGGAGCAGCGAUUACAAUAGUCGUCGAAUAUUCAGCGAGUGGAUCAAAGGAAUGCAAAAAACCCAUCAACACGAUUUACCGUUCCCAGACGACGGUUUGGUAUUCGAUUACAGGCUACACGACGGUGGUUUUACCGAUUCGAUCGACAGUCAGGAACCCGUUCCACCCAGAUGGGAGAAAUGGUUGGACGAUAUUCCGUCGAUCACGAUUACGCCGGACACGAGAUACGCAGACAUCGAAGUACCAACGAUGGACAGCGUCAGAAGCGCGACACUGAUGGGUUAUUUGCUGAUCAACGAUUCGAACGUGCUGUGCGUUGGACCAACCGGAAGUGGAAAAACCUUAACCGUGUCCGGCAAAUUAUCGAGGGACAUGCCCAAGAGAUUCAUUUGCGAUUUUAUUACGUUUUCCGCCCGAACCACAUCCAAUCAAACCCAGGAUCUGAUCGACGAAAAGUUAAUCAAGAGACGCAGGGACGUUUAUGGGCCGCCGCUCUUAAGGAAACAAGUUUUCUUCGUCGACGACUUGAACAUGCCCGCCCUCGAUACGUACGGUGCUCAGCCACCUAUCGAAUUGAUUCGUCAAUUUAUGGAUUUUCGAGGGUGGUACGACUUGAAGGAGAUCGGAUCGUUCAGACAAAUCGAGGACGUAAAUUUCGUGGGGGCGAUGGGACCACCGGGUGGCGGUAGAAAUCCAGUAACCGCUAGACUGUUGCGACAUUUCCAUUUCGUUGCGUUCCCGGAAAUGGAGGACGACGCCAAGAAACACAUCUUCGGGACAAUUUUGAACUCGUGGCUGUCCGCGACUAAGGGCUUCGCAGACAUGCUGAACACGUUCGUGGACACGACGUUGAACUUGUUCACCACUAUAUGCAACGAGCUGCUGCCAACACCGGACAAGUCCCACUACACGUUCAAUCUACGAGAUCUCAGCAAAGUGUUUCAAGGGAUGCUCAUGAUGGAUCCAAAGAAAAUCGAGCAUCGAGAGAAAUUGUUGCUGCUUUGGUACCACGAGAAUCUGAGAGUGUUCAGCGAUCGUUUGGUGAACGACACCGACCGAAAAUGGUUCGACGAUCUUCUGCGAAGUAUCAUGAAGGAUACGUUCCAAUGCGAUCCCCAAGUGGUGAUCGGCGACUCGGUGUUAUUUUACGGUGACUUUUGCGGGCUAAGCAAACAGUACGAGCAGAUAACCGACACGAAGAAAAUGGAAAAGAUAUUGGAUGAAUUUUUGGAGGAUUAUAACGCGUCGACCACGUCCCCCAUGAACCUGGUGCUUUUCCAAGACGCGAUAGAUCAUAUCUGCAGGAUCAAUCGAAUCCUACGGCAGCCCCGUGGAAACGCCCUACUUUUGGGGAUGGGAGGAUCAGGUCGCCAAAGUUUAACGAGGCUCGCCACACACAUGCAGGACUACAAUUGUUUUCAAAUAGAACUUAGCGGCGCUUACACCACCAACGACUGGCGCGACGAUAUUAAAAACACGAUGAUGAAGGCUGGAGUCCAGAAUCAAUUUAUGGUCUUUUUGUUCUCGGACACGCAGAUAAAGGACGACGCCAUGCUGGAGGAUCUGAACAGCGUUUUAAAUAAUGGCGACGUACCGAACAUAUACCAAAUGGAAGAGAUGGAGAAGAUAUUUCAUUCGAUGCGCGGAGCGGUCCAAGAGGCUGGCUUGCAAAUUAAUAGAAGCAACCUUUUCUCCGCCUACGUGAAGACGGUUCGGAACAAUUUACAUGUCGUCAUCACGAUGAGUCCCAUUGGAGAAGUUUUCCGUGCCCGUAUCAGACAGUUUCCGGCUUUGGUGAACUGCUGCACGAUCGAUUGGUUUUGCCCGUGGCCAGAAGCUGCACUUCAGAGCGUCGCUAUGGGAUUUCUGUCCGACAUCAAAGACGAGUCCAUCACCGAAGAUAUUCUGCGAUCGAUUGUAAGAAUGUGCCAAUACAUGCAUUCCAGCGUGAUAGACGCGAGCGAUCUCUUCCUUAAGGAAUUGGAUCGACACAACUAUGUUACACCUACGUCGUAUCUGGAAUUACUUUCCGGUUACGGGGAUCUUCUGAGAAAAAAGAAAAACGAGCUACAGUCAGCGGAAAGUCGUCUGUCAACAGGUCUAGACAAGCUGGCAAGCGCGGAGGUCGAGGUGAAAAAGAUGCAGGAACUAUUGAGGAACAUGAAACCGCAAUUGGAAAAAGCAGCGGCGGAAACGGCUAAAAUGAUCGAAAGAAUCACCCACGACACAAUCGAAGCUGAGGAGACGAGAGCAAAGGCAAAGGAACAAGAAGACGUAGCUGCGAGGAUGAAAGUGGAGAACCAAAAGAUCCGAGACGACGCAGAGGCAGAUUUAAGUCUAGCCCGUCCGAUGUUGAUUGCCGCCGAGAAAAGCUUGAAAGCCCUCAACAGAAACGACAUCACGGAAGUGAAGGCGAUGAGACGACCACCGGUUGGUGUACUAUUGGUGAUAGAAGCUAUUUGUAUCAUAAACAAUGUGAAACCAAUCAAGGAAAAGGCGUGCUUUGUUCCAAUAUUUUCGUGUAUUCUGUUAUUCGUCAAUUUGCAAAUGGAAAUUCUAGUGGUGUCCUUUUCCGCGCAGAAAGGCGAAGGAAAAUUCAGUACAGAGGUGAAAUUAGAUUAUUGGACGCCAGGUAGUCUAAUGUUGUCGGAUCCAGGCCACUUCUUGCACACCAUGGAGAAUUACGACAAGGAAAAUCUCACAGAGGAAAUGAUUACUAAGCUGAAGGUCUACGUAGAGAACCCUGACUUCCAACCAGCAAAGAUCGAAUACGUGUCGAAAGCCUGCUACUCGCUGUGUUUGUGGGUGCACGCGAUGUACAACUACUAUUUCGUGAACCUGAAAGUAAAACCAAAGAUGGAAGCGUUGGCCAAAGCCGAGGAAGCACUAGAGGAAACGGAAAGAACCUUGUUGGCCGCAAUAGAAAGGCUAAGACAAGUGGAGGAGGGUAUAGAGAAGCUGCGAAAUCUCUUACGCGUGGGGGAGGCGAAAAAGGCGGAACUCGAGAGGCAAAAGCAGCUUUGCGAGGAUAGAAUGGGGAGGGCCGUGAGACUGAUAGUCGGUCUGGCUGGGGAGCAGAAACGCUGGUUGUCGACGGUGGAUGACAUAAAUACAUCCUUGAAGAACGUCGUUGGUGAUAUCUUACUCGCUUCCGGCGCGAUAGCUUAUUUGACGCCAUUCACGGACAAAUACCGGGUGACGCUUUUGACGUCCUGGCAAAAACUGCUCGAGAACGUGCCCCACACGCCAGGCAGCGACCCCGUGUCGACCCUGGGUGACGAGGUGGAGAUAAGAAAAUGGCAGAUCGAGGGCUUACCCAGAGACACAUUGUCCGUGGAAAACGCCGUACUGGCGAUGCACUCGAACCGCUGGCCUCUUUUUAUCGACCCCCAAGCGCAGGCAAACAAGUGGAUACGUUCUCUGUACAAGGACAACGGGAUAUCCAUCGCGAAAAUGGCUGAUAAAGACAUUCUACGCGUUUUGGAGUCCUGCGUACGAUUCGGGAGAGCCUGUCUCAUAGAAAACGUCGGCCUCGAGCUCGAGGCUGGCUUGGAUCCCAUACUGAUGCGAUCGUUGUUCGAGCACGGCGGUCUAAUGUGCGUUAAAAUCGGAGAAAACAUCGUUCCGUACAACGCAGAUUUCCGUCUGUUUCUCACCACGAGGCUUUCGAAUCCCCAUUACACGCCGGAAGUCUCGGUGAAAAUCUUGCUGGUGAACUUUGCUCUCACCACCACUGGCCUGGAGGAUCAGAUGCUAUCUUUGGUCGCCAUUCAAGAACGGCCGGACCUUGAGCAAACAAGAAACGCCCUGAUCGUAUCCAACGCUGAAAUGAGAAGGGAAUUGCAGGAAAUAGAAGACAGAAUUCUCUACAGGUUGUCGGUAUCGGAAGGUUCUGCGGUCGACGAUAUGGAUCUCAUCCUCACUUUGGAGGCGUCCAAAGUUAAAAGCGAAGAGAUCAAGGUAAAAAUGCACGAGGCAGAGAUCAUUCAAGCAGACAUAGAGAUAACCAGAUCGUUGUACAUCCCCGUCGCAGUCCGGGGACGGAUACUCUUUUUUUGUCUGUCCGAUUUGCAAUACGUCGACACUAUGUACCAGUACUCUUUGGAAUGGUUCGUCGAGAUUUUCAACAACAGUAUAAUCGCGACCGAAAAGAGCGACGAUAUCGAACUUCGAGUCAUGGGGAUUAAUCAUCAGUUCAUGUUCUCCCUAUUCUCGAACGUCUGCCGCAGCCUGUUCGAGAGGCACAAAUUGCAUUUUGCGUUUCUGGUCUGCGCACGAAUCCGAAUGAACGACAAAUCAAUCGACGCGACGGAAUGGAGACACUUUUUAGCAGGACCAGAACCUCUGGAGGACAGACCGAAUCCAUCACCAGAAUGGAUAACUCCGCGUUGCUGGAAAGAGAUCCAGGCGCUCGAGAGCCUUCCAAAGUUUGGCAACUUCAUCGAGUCCUUCCAGCGGUCGCUGACCCAAUUCAAAACAGUAUUCGACGCGCAAGAAGCGCAUCUAGCUCCGUUGCCAGAGCCGUGGGACACCGAAUUAGACGACUUUCAAAAGAUGUUGAUUUUGAAGUGUUUACGUCCCGACAAAGUUACAAAUGCGAUGCAACUUUACCUUGCCAAGCAUCUGGGUCGGGAAUUCGUCGAACCACAAACCACGGAAUUAUCCGCUGUUUAUAACGAAUCCUCGCCAACUACGCCUAUUGUUUUCAUUUUGUCUACCGGCACGGAUCCAGCGGCCGAAUUGUACAAGUUCGCGGACAGAUUAAAAAUGGGGACCAAACUGCACGCGAUUUCUCUCGGGCAGGGUCAAGGACCAAGAGCAGAGGCCUUGCUAAAACUGUCGUCUGAACAGGGAUGUUGGUGUUUCUUCCAAAACUGCCACUUGGCACCAAGUUGGAUGCCAGAACUAGACACGCUGGUGGAAACAUUGGGAAGGGGAAAGAGUCAUCCGGAUUUCCGCUUAUGGUUGACUUCGGCGCCGUCUCCGGAUUUCCCCGUUAGCAUACUUCAAAACAGCACUAAAAUGACGAUCGAGCCCCCCAGAGGCGUAAAAGCAAACAUGUUUCGCGCCUAUCUGACGCAAGUGAUCGAAAUGCAAAGCUUCCUCCUAUCCGAUCACGCGAAAGUCCCGCAAUUCAAAUGGCUGGUAUUUUCUUUGUGUCUAUUCCACUCGGUUCUCCUCGAAAGGCGAAAAUUCGGACCUUUGGGAUUUAAUAUACCGUACGAAUUCACCGAUGGCGACUUGACCAUAUGCAUAUCUCAACUCCACAUGUUUCUUUUAGAAUAUGAAACUGUGCCAUUUAAGGUCCUUAUAUACACUGCCGGCCACAUCAAUUACGGUGGACGAAUAACAGACGACUGGGAUCGUCGAUGCGUUUUAACUAUCCUCGAGGACUUCUAUAAGCCUGAAAUCCUCUCAGAAUCCUAUACGUUCGACGAAGAAGGGCACUACUAUCAAUUGCCGGACGUGGCCACGUUCGAAGAGUAUAUCGACUACAUAAAAACAUUCCCUUUGAACGACGAGCCCUCGAUGUUCGGAAUGCAUCCAAACGCGGACAUAAGUUGCGCUCAGGCAGAGACUUACGCCUGCCUCGAUACACUUCUUGCACUUCAGCCUCGCCAAGUCGGGAUCGCAGCUGCGAGCACCGAAGAAGUCACCACUCAAUUAGCCCACGAUAUGUUGGCAGAGAUGCCAAAAACAUUCGACCUGGCGGCUAUGCAAUCGAAGUACCCAGUUUUGUACGAAGAGUCAUUCAACACUGUGUUGCUACAGGAAGCGAUACGUUACAACGGGCUGUUGGAAGUGGUAAAGACAACAUUGGUGGACCUAUUGAAAGCCUUGAAGGGUCUGGUCGUGAUGUCCCAGCAUUUAGAAACUGUAUCGAAUAGCUUGUAUAACAACAGAAUUCCAAAAGUUUGGCAAGACAAAGGCUACCCUUCCCUGAAACCGCUCGGUGCUUGGUUCCUCGACCUGAAGGACCGAAUCGCGUUUUUGAGGUCUUGGGAAACUCAUGGCAUACCCGCAGCAUUUUGGAUUUCUGGUUUCUACUUCCCACAAGCAUUCCUAACUGGUACCCUGCAGAAUUUCGCACGAAAUCACGUUAUUUCCAUCGACACUAUUGAUUUCAGCUUCCAGGUAUUGAGUGCAAUGCCAACAUACAGACCCAGAGAUGGUUGUGUUAUUUAUGGUCUGUUCCUUGAGGGUUGUCGAUGGGACAAGAAUUACUUAAAUGAAUCCCUUCCAAAGGAGCUGUACACCAAUAUGCCUCCAAUUCUACUCCUGCCAGAAGUAUAUCAUCAAACCCCCAAAGGAAUUUAUUCCUGUCCUGUUUACAAAACUAUUAACAGAGCAGGAACAUUGAGCACAACCGGACACUCUACCAAUUUUGUUUUGGCAAUGGAAAUUCCUAGUAGAAAACCUCAAGCUCAUUGGAUCAAAAGAGGUGUAGCAUUGUUUUGUGCCCUGGACUAUUAA